AAUGGAUUUGAAACAAGAACUUUAAGUAUGCAGACAAUAGAUACAGAAUCCUCCGAUAGAAAGACGAUGCUGGGAACGGUGGGCAAGCAGAGUAGUAGCGAGUACGACGUUUCGCAAUUGAUGCGGGAUCUGUAUGACAGCAUCGAACGAGAGAAUGACUUAAAGGAACAACUUAGAUUCACAGAAGAAGAGACAAAAAUGAUGAGGAAGAAGCUUGCGGAGAUGGAGGAAGAAAAUGAGGGCCUCAACAUGCAGAUCAGGAAGAUGUCCCGGAACAACAAGAGACGCGAGCUGAAAGAGAAGGAGAGGUUUAUGAAGGAGAGUGAGGACAAUGACUCGGAUACUGACAGUAGCAACGACAUUGAUCUCAAAAUACAAUGUGAACUACUGGAGCAGGAAAUUUCGGUUUCUAGGAAGAAGAUUUCAGAUGUGGAACAGGACAACGAGAAUAUCCGCGAAGAGGUGAAAUUCUUGCAAGAAAGACUUGAGGAACAGACUCAGUUACUUAAUGUCAAACCGGAACCCUCUUCCCCAAACGCUUAUUACGAAGAUAAGAUUAAACAAAUGACCAUAGAAACCGAUGAUCUAAAAUGGAAGAUUAUCGAAAAGGAACGUGAAAUUGAGCGCCUGUGUGCCCAAAUGAAUUUUAUUCAACAUUCACAUCGCCAGCAGCAGGGCAAACUAAAGAAGAGUAAGAGCCUUGAUAGUGACUACCAGGAGGUCGUCGAUCUCAGGAGACAACUUGAACACUCGGCCCUAGAGGCCGGGGCCACUAAAGAACGGUUAGCUCAAGUAGUGAUGCAAAACGAAAGUGUUUCCUCCGAAAACGAACGUUUGAAAUUGCUGCUUAGCAGACAAAUUCCGUCUAUCCAAGCAGAUGAUGCUGCAGUUGAGAAUAUAGAACUCAAAGACAAAGUGAAAAAGUUAGAAGACGACAAUCAUUCAUUUCAAGAUAGAAUCAAAACCUUGACCGAGAGUUUACAAACACUCACCAAAGAACCUCGCUCGCUGUCGGCAGAACCGCCAUACAUUCCUAAAAGUGGGAGCCCCCCGUUGCCACGUGACCUGACGAAACAUUUGGAGAGCUUACAAGAAGAAAACAGCGAGCUCCGGCGGAAAAUGGCGGAACUUGAGUCGACCAGUUCGCGGCGGAUUUCGGAAGAAACCAUUCAGAAGACAGACGACCAGAAGGCGGUAGCAGACGACAGCAGCACAACCAUGGACCCAGAGGAUAUGUCACGGCUUCAACUCGUAGAAAAGGUUCUAGAUCUCGAGGAUGAAAUAUUGGACCUGAAAUCAGUAAUAAAGCACAAAGAGUUGGAGCGUGAGGAUGUAGAGCGCGAGGUGACGUCACUAAAAGAACACAUUGAUGAGACGAGCGACAUGUGGAAGAAGAAGGAGGCGGAGCUUGAACAAGACCUGGCUAUGUUGCACGACAAGAAUAGCGUGCUGAGCAAUCUACUUGAAAUCGUCACUGAGCGGGCCGAUAAGGCGGAGCAGGAAUUGGAAGCUGUAAUAAAGGAGGCGUCUGCGCAGUCAGACCGAAGUGCCAGCCAGGUUAGCGCCCUUAGCAACGCCAGUGUCGGCAGUGACGACGUCUUCCUCUCUCCUCCGCCUCAUUCAGACAAGGGCACCGUUAUACACAGAGACUGGGAUAGACAGAUGAAAAAGCGGGUCGAGUCCUUGGAGCGACUGCUGGCUGAAGAACGACUGAAAGUGAUGACGGCAGAGAAAAAGUUGUUGCUUGUCACGCAGGAAACAGUCUCCACCGCCAUGUCAGACGACUCGAAACUACACCUGAGAGAGAAAGAGCUACUACAACAAGAGUUAAUUGAGAGCCAGAAACAUUUGAAGAUUGCUACAGAUCAGAUAAAAGGAUUGAAAGAAAGACUUCACAUAAUGGAGGAGGAGCACAUCAGACUGAAGAUAGACUACAGCAGCAUCUGUGAACAGCUUGACUUGCUGGAACACAGUGCCUAUGAAUCGGACAAAACUCCAGAAGGGAACAUCGAACCCGACAGCAUCACACCGAAACGUCUUCCUCCAUUAAAGAUUCCACAUCGCCAGAGCAGCCUUGAAGCCAUGUCCCUGGACCAGAAGUGCGCCAUGUACAAACUGAAGGCCGAGGAACUGCAGUACAAGGUGGAAGAGAUGAACGAUAUCUGGCGGUCCAAGAGUGCUGCAUCGGAGGAAGAGAAACUAGUUCUUGAAGCUGAACUGAAACAAACGAAAGAAGACAUGAGGGUCAUGAGUAUCAUGCUAGAAAAGGUCAAGGACGAACUUUGUGAGAAGGAGAAGGUCAUCGCCAUAUCAGAGACAAAUAUUAACGAAAACCUACGAGCUAUCACAAGACGUGACGAAAUUGUUCAGGAGCAGGACAUGCUUCUGAAACAGCGCGACCAGGAUUUCCGCAUAAUACUGGAACAAAUUUCGAACAGGGACGAGGGUAUACGAGAGUUAAGAGAAGCUGUAAGGAACCGUGACGAACGUUUGAAAGAAAAAGAUGACAUUUUGUGCAAACUUAAUAACAGUUUAGAUUGCAAGCAGCGAGAUGUGAAAAUGUUGAGUGAUAAAGUUAAGGACUGCGGCGCUCAACUGAAUGAAAAAGAGGCUGUCAUAUCUGUUUUGCAACAACAGAUCUCCCACAAUACCAGGAGAGAUACUGGUAGUGAAACAGAUAUAGAAAAGGAAAACCGUAGACUUAAAGAAACUCUGAGGAUACAGCAAAGUGACUUCGAGGAAAUAACGCAAGAAAAAUUGAAGGUUGCGAAGGAUUUAGAAACAUCAAGGAGAGCCUUAGAUGAGGCUAUGUUAUUAUGGACAAAAGAUAAGGCUUACUUCGAUAGGACAAUAAACGUUGCUGAUGAGAAAGUUAAACUAUACGAAACGCUUCCUUCAAUGAAUAAGGAUGAAAUCGAAAAAGCUAUGAAAUCCGAUGCUCAUCAGUAUUUUCAAGAGAAAGAAAAACUUGUAUGUGAGAUAAAUAAUCUUAGAUUGGAACAGGAACUAGCCCUCAAAUGUGUGCAGGAAGAGAAUAGCAGUCUUCAGGCCGAGGUGGUGGAUAAAGGAAGACAGCUGCGUCAAGAAACAGAAACACGCAGCAAACUUCAGCAGGAUGUGGAAAGACUUUCGGCACAGGCUGAUAUGGCCUACAAAAUACAACAGGAAGAAAGAGUUAUUCGGGCAGAAUACUUAGCCAUGAAAGUGCGUUACGAAACCCGCUUUGAGAAGAUGUCAAAGGACUACUCGAAGAUGCUGUUGACGAUUGAAAAACUCCAGAAAGAGCGGGAUCUCGAUAAAGCUAUCAUUCAGGGAAUCCAAAAGGGCAUGGCAGGCCUGAAGGAUAAAUACAGUUCAGAACUCAUUAAGUGGGAGGAUGAGAAAGCAAGACUGGAAAGACAAAUUAAGGAGAUUGACGAGAUGCGAGAACUGACAGAGACCCUGAGGAAGAAGGUACAGGACCUGAAAGAAGAUCUGUCUGCGCAGGACAGGAUGAGGACAGAAAUAAUCAACAAAUUUGCAACGGAGAGAUCCAGCUGGGAUAUUCAGAGAGCAAACCUAAGGAGCAAAAUUAAUCAGAUGGAGGAAAAGCUGUCUUUGACAUCAAGGGCUCAAACAAAAGCCAAAGACAUUCACAGCCACAUGGAACUGGCGUGGGAGAAAGAGAGAGGGGAACAAAAACGGCUGCUCGAGGAUGCCCACAACCUUGCCCUUGAUCUUCAACAGCAACUCAAGUCACGUGACGAGGAAUACAGUCAGGAACGCCGUGACCUGCUGCAGCAAUUGGAGGUGGAAAGACAAGCAUUCAACAAAGAGAAGAGAGAAAGAGACAUUGCCAUGGCGGAGUACGAAUCUUGUGGGAAGAGACUAGUGUCGUUACAGAAACGCAGCACAGAGCUUGCACUGACACACGAGGAAGAACGAGAGGCUUCCUUGAGGGAGAGAAACGAUCUACUCCGACGUCUUACUGAGAGUAGACACGCACAUUCAACGGAUACGAAGCGUGUAUCUGAUAUACUUAGCAACUUGAUCAGACUGAGGGAACUAGGAAAACUAAUUUCUAAAGAGAAGCAUGAGAUCACUCUCGGAACCCGAGCCCCACUGGACCCAGAAGCGGUCAAUCUCGAUGAGGCUGUUUUAAAGUACAUCAAGGAGGCUGUUGCUGACAUCGCAGGAUCUGCUGAUAAAUUGUCAAAACACACAAGCUCCCUCUCAGAUGACCGGUCACAAAUACGCAGAAGUCUGUCGAGUUCCGAGAUAGAUUUGAUAAAAGAAGAACUUUCAGAUCUACAAAGGGAAGGUGGUGGUGUAUUCGUGGCGCACAGUAGGGAGAGUUUAACUAUGCCUAAGGCAACGUCCAGAUUACAAAAGAGCUGCACAUUCGACAGUUCGACAGUGUGUCCUAUGCGGGAUGCUGCGUCACCUACAAAGCACACGUUGUCCCGGAUGACCCACAGUCCCCCUUUCUAUUCAUCUGGCAGCAAAAGUGCACAGGCAUCCCGAACAUCCUCCCCGAGUCCGUCUGCGUCCCGGCAUGAAUCGUUGUCGCCAUCUCCCUCUGUCAUUCCCUCCUCCUCAUCAUCCAGUAGAGGCGCUACGCGACCUAAAACACUAAAGAAAAGCAUAUCUAUGGAUUCUGCUCCUGUCAGCCAUCUCCUGAUUUCGAGCGAACAUCACACGACUGCCCAAACAGUGUCUGCAGGCACAACACCAACAGAACAUUAUGUUUCAUCACAAUUUCCUACUACUGUGCCGCCACCGGCAGACGAUUCUUCGCUUUCACCGCCGAAGGUCGGAAGUCUAGACAGGUUAUCUCCGCGUUCGGCUAGACGCAAGUUUUUCGAGGAGAGACCCGCAUCUGAAAUUGGCUUCCUGUCCUGGCCUGAGAGGAAAAAACAUUACGUAGUUCACCACCAGAAGCAGUCGAGUCUUCCAGAUCCUUCCGAAGUGAGGAAGGAAGCUGAGGAGGACUACUCAUUGCUAGCCAGGUCUGACGGCACACGUACAUUUAAUAUGAAAUCGUCUGCGUCUUGGGAUGAAAAGAUGCACCAUCGAGUUGUUCAGCCUGAAUCGUCAAAGAUAAGUCAAGAACACAGCCUUGACCAAUCGAGUUCGCAGCCAGCACAGCACCUGUCUGCUAAAGAGAAGAGACGUUUUUUUAAGAAAUCAAGCAGUAUGGAGAGCCACAUAGGGAGUUCACUGGCCAAGAUAGGUACUCAGGCUAUGCCUGUUGCUGCACCUACGGGUUUCAUGCCCACAGACAUUCUAGCCAGCGUGAGGAGUAAAUUCAAACUGCCUUUCAAAAAGUCCAGCAAGACCUCUGAAUCGGUUUCCUCUAUCCCACCGAUACAGGAUGUUCCCACCGACACGUCAGAAGCCCCCACUCCGUUCCAAGACGAACAGAGGUCUUCAACGGUUCCCACAUCGACCACGACGAUGUCAAGUCUAAAUCAGCAACAAGGGGAUAACAGGGGCAGAUCACGUGAUACAGGUACAUUUAGCCGAGGGCCAAUACAGCGGUCCCAGUCAGCAGAGCGACCAUUUGCCUCCUCCAGGAAGAUAGCAAGACUCCAUUCUGAGGUGAUCACACCAAGUCAGGUGUGGCAGUUCAGUGAGACAGCAGUGUAACACUCACAACGAUUUGUACACUCGUUAGGACAGGCCUUACAUGGCUGGGGACGAGAGCAUGUUCAUCCCGGCGCUGUCAGGAUAGAGGCUCCACAACCGACAACAACACCCCGCCCUUACUUAUCCUAAAGUACCGAUAGACGGACUGAUAUUGAAAAAGUCGUACUUACAUUCGUACCUUUUUGUAAACAUCUGAACAUGUCGACAGAUAAUUAUUCAUGGAUUUCAGUAUGAUCGAGGUACACUAACCGUCUAAAACGACCUUAUAUUUGUGAAGAGGCUGCUGUGUUGCUGAUGGUAUUGCAUUUAUGUUCUCUCGCGCAAUGAGCACGUGGGAACUGUAGGUAUGUCUGGAACAAGUUCCGAGAAAGUGUAAUCUAAUUAGGUUCGUUCCACUCAGUUGUAAACGAAUUGAAUUUGUAUUUCUUGUUAUAUUUCCAUCAGUCUAACAGCUACCACACUAGCUUCUAAUGCACCACGAAACUCGCAUAUAGCGUCGAGCCAUGACGAAAUGAUUCAGUAGAUUGCAUGCUCACGGGUGAUGUUUAUAUGCAUACGUGUGUGUGUCCUUGAAGGUGUGUGUGUCCUUGAAGUAGAUUUACAGUGCACGACCAUGGUCACACCAUGCCGCAGGAUUACUGUAGGUUCCCCACUCAGACCUAACUAGUGUUUAUUAUCGUUCCAUGUAUUUUGUUAAUUCUGAGCUCCAGGUAAUGACCAUCUGUUGGCGUCUUUGGGGAAUGGACCGCCGAUUGUCCUGUCUCAGGUCAGACGCUCUAGCCACUAAACCGGUUGUUCAAGAAUAAACUUUUG